AUGGAGCAUCUCAUCUACAACCCAUCACCGCGGGCGUUGCGGGCCGAGAUCCGCCACCUUCAAGUUUCCGCCGGCCCGCUUCAAGUGCCUGACUGGGAAUUGUAUGAUCGGCUCUACGGAGAGUGUCAGUCGGUCGAGCCUAGGGUGGCCUGGCUGGGCCACAACCACUAUGAAUCGUCUUACCUCCAGAACAGCCAAGGCCAGAACCAGAACCAGCCUCUGCCGAUGCAGCUGAUGUUCGACGAGUACGGUCGCGAUUGGGACGUGGAAGCCGUGCUGGACCAAAAUGACAUCUAUGCCGCGCAUCCAUCGCUGAGGGACAGGGAUCCGGAUGUCGUCGUAUCAUCCAUCGCCGCCUUCAUUCAAGCAUGGCUCUACCUCGGUCUUCUCGAGGCCAUUUGCGCAAAACCAAUCUUGCCGUCGUACUGUGUGCGCGGCGGUCAUGAUGACCAAGGUCGCCAUGGACAUGAACAUCAACAGUGGCUGUAUAGCCGCAAUCUAGGCAUCCUCCUCGAAACAUGGCGUCGAGGGCUCGAUGGCGUCGAGGCUGAUUUCCGCGACGCCACGCUGCGAGCAGCUCGAAUCUGCGCCACCACCGCGAGCACCAUCCUGCACGACCUAUAUACCCGACUCUCGGCACGUGCCACAGAACAGUCGGGCCCUGGCUUCUCCAGGCUUCUGGAAUUGGUCGUCGAGUUUGAGCCGGCGCUGUCGGCGCUGCAUGAAGCCAUCGUUGCAUAUAGCGAGAGGCACCUUCAGAUAGAAGUCAGGUCUUUUGGCCCAGGGACCACCAUGCCAUUUCCGAGCCGGUACUCGCAGAGUUUGAUCGCAAGAGGCUGGUGUCGUUUCGUGCUUGCCAGUGCUGAGGCGACCGUGCUGCCGUCUCUGCUACGGUAUAUCGACGCCGCCGGGUUCGACAAGACCACCGCAGGCCACGAGACGUGCACCUCGGACGGGUGCAAACGCAACAACGUUGAUCUGGCGACGUACACGCAGGAACAUGAUGCACCUGAUUGCCGUUGCCGGUUCGUGAAGCCCAAACUCGCCGACGUGUUUGAUAUCUUGAAUGCCGGGAAGAUCCCGGUCGUGCAGUUUCUCGAACAAGACAACUCGCUCCAGCUGGGAGCCGUCGACCCCGACAGUUCCGCGGCCAGCUAUAUCGCCUUUUCUCACGUCUGGGCUGACGGGCUGGGCAGCAGCACCGAGAUCGGGUUCCCGCGGUGUCAACUCACCAGACUAGACCUCCUCGCUGGGCAGCGACUGAAACAUGGCGCCUGGUUCUGGAUUGACGGGCUUUGCGUGCCGAAACGGGAGCCCUAUCGUGGCAAGGCCAUCGAGAUGAUGAAACAGACCUACCGAUACGCCACCGGAGUCAUUGUGCUAGACAAGGGACACCGCCGGUUGUCCCAGUCUGCUCCAGUCUUGGAAGUGGCCUGGGCGGUAUUUGCCUCGGGCUGGUUUGGCCGGCUGUGGACUUACCAAGAAGGCUUUCUCCCGCCCUGGGUCGAUCUGGAAUUGGCGGACGGCCUGUACGAUCUGUACGGCCUGAUCCAAACUCUGUACAAGACCUACUAUGACGGUGAUGGCAGCCCGUUCCCCUCCGUAUUUGUGCGCGACCUCCUGGCCGUGCUCCAGAAAGUGCGACCUCUUGACCGCCAGGCGAAGAACCGGCCCAAACCUAAAAAGCUGGUCGACACUUUCAAUGCCCUGACGCGGCGACGCACCAGCCGACCUGAUGACCAGCUUCUCGUCUUGGGACUGCUGCUCGACGUGGACAUCAGCGGUGGUAUGAGGCUGUCGGGGGAGGACCGCUGGAAACAUUUCUAUCUGGAACUGCGGGAGAUCCCAUGGACCGUGCUGUUCGAUCGUCGGCCGAAGCUGAAGUCGCCGCCUUUCAGGUGGGCUCCGGACAGCUGGAUCAGCCCUGGUCAAGACGUGUGGCUGCAUUACGACGAGCCAUUGGCCGUCAUCUCCAACGACGGCUUGACCAUAGAGUUGACGGUCCUCGUGAUGUACCAGUCUCGCCGCACCAGUCUCACGACCCUUGUACUGCACGUGGAUAAGGCCCGGUAUGAACUCAGUCGUCCAAGCACAGCCUCUUCACCCGGCAUUGAGUCUUUCAACACCAUUUUCGUGCGCCAUUUUCGUCAUGAAGCUCCCUACGCCAACCUCCAAGACAACAGCAGCCUGCUUAUGACAGCUGGUAUCGGGCUGUUGGCGUUGGCGGAAACAGCAGGCCAAGCCAUUGACUAUGACUUUUCUUCGGAGUGGGAGAUUCGACUGUUGAUGGAUGAUGAAGAAGAGAUUCCUCUGGACGCUGAAACCGUCGAGGCACGGUGGAAACAGACCGAGAUCUGCUUCACCUGA